AGGAGCCCCGCACCCUGACCCCCACCCGCUCACCCAGCGCCCGCCCGCACGGACGCACACACACAGACACAGGGGACACACCACAGGCACAGGCGCUGCAGACGCCAUUUGCAGGAACACCAGCACCAGCACCAGCUGCUAGGGCUACUGCGAGGGAAGGGGCACCAUGAGCCCAGUUCCAGGUAUAGGCUAGUGUGGCUGCGGAGUGGGUGUAACCUCGCUGGCUUGGACCCCAGAAGAGAGGCUGCUGGAUUAUGAGUGCCCAGAGGGAGCGUGCCCACCCUUAACGCCGCCUGCCGCGAGGUUUGCAGCCAUGAGCAGGUGCCCAAGCGCUGAGGGAGCACAAUGAAUGGCGGCGAUGAUUGCUCAGGUGUGGAUCGAGGUGGGCGCCCGGCAGUCACACCUGUGCCUGUGGGCUGGCAGCGCAGGGUGGAGGAGGGAGAAGUGCGCUAUAUCAGUCCUAGUGGCACAAGCCUGGCUUCGUUGGAGCAGACUCGUGCGUACCUGCUGGCAGACGGCACUUGCAAGUGUGGCCUGGAGUGUCCCCUCAAUGUGCAUAAGGUUUUCAACUUCGACCCAGCUGCCAUGGUGAUGGGAAGCGAAUGCACCAAGGGGGAUGAGGACAUGACCAAGCUGUGCAACCACCGACGGAAAAUUGUGGCAAUGGCAACACUCUAUCGUAGUAUGGAGAGCCACGGACCGCUGAGCCUGCCCCAUCUAGGUCCAGGAACCGGGCUUAACCAGCCACCCCACGCAACGAUGCCAGGACCUAGCGGUCGUCCUCAGCAAACUCUUCCCACCAAGGCUAAGGGCCCAGAACUCUACUCACAGUCUCCCUCUGAUCGCUGUGGCAAUGCAUGGUCCAGCCAGAGCUCCUCCUUUCCACGCCAUCACAAUGCUCUCUUUGGGGAUGUCUUCCCAGGCUGCCUAUUUACUGCCAAUACCAACGGCAACACCCGUCCGUCUUUCCCCGCUGAACUGAAUGCUUCUGGGGGUUCCUUCCUGCACAACAAAGCCCUCCCAGAUGCUCCAUCCCGGCCGUACCUUUCAGGUGGUCUUCUCUUCCCUCCACCAGAUGAGGUGGUGCCUAGUCAGGAGGGUGGAGGCCCCUGGAGCAGCCGCCUGGUUGUGCCCUUGGGUUCGCAGGCUUGCACUGUGGCCUCGCCCGCCCCCACCAGCCUCUCCGUGGUUUCUUCGCCAGCAGGCAGCGCUGAACCCUCCCCACAGCGCUCUCGGCACUCCUCAGCUUCCUCAGAGCAGGGCCUCUCUGGACACCGUCCGGCCCCUAAACCCUUGGAUGCAACGCCCCUGGCCAAUGCCUUAACCAACCAAAGCAGCAAUAAUCUGCCCUCAGUGCCCUUAGGAGUUGCCCCAGACGGCAAAGGACCGCCUGGCCUGCUGCUGCUUCACCCCCAGGGCCCAGGCUCUUUUCCAGCCAGCAGUUUGUUGAGCGCAGCUGCCAAGGCCCAGCUGGCCAGCAGGGGGCGUCCUGAUGAGCUGGCUGCCAGCACUUUACCCAGCCGCCUGCUGCUCUCUGUUGUGGGUGGGCGGGCGCCUCGGCGACAGCGCCGCUCCCCCACUGUCUUGCGCCUGCUCAAGGACUCCCAUUCUGGGCAGGCCGGGGUCGCCCAUCCGGAAGAGACACUGACCCAACAUCCUCGGCCUCGGGACCAACCACCAGUAGGAGAGGCCAAGAACGGACCCCCAAAUUCCACAGCUCCAGCACAGCCACUGUCAUCCCUGUUCACUCUACUCGGACCUCCUGUGAGUUCCCCAACACCAGGCCUUCCCCCACUGGCUCAGGCCCCUGCUGGCGACAGCCCCAACUCUUUGCCCUCCUUCCAAGACUUCAACAGCCAGCUCCUCAGUCUCUUUGGGCAGCUGGCCUCAGCGUCUUCCGAACAGAUCUCAGGGAGCCCCCCACAGCCAAAAUCUCCUAUCUCUCCUCUCGGAUCCCACGGCCCCACAGGUGCCGCUUCUGCUUCACCCAUGACCCCCAAAGCCCCUCCAGCACCCAGCCCUGUUGCUGUUGCCACCAGCACGAUGGAGGGUGGGGGCCUGGGCUGCCCACUGCCCUCAGGCACCGAUCCUUUCCCCUUCUUGGCACAGGAACAGACGCUGCCCUUUGGGAACGCUCUACCUCCUGGACUUCUCCCGCUGGGCUCCUUCCCUUUCUCGCUGACUUUGGGCCCAGAGACUCCACUUCCCCAGCUCAAUCUUCAAGGAGAGCCAGAGGGACAGCCCUUGUUGCCUCUGGUGCUGCCCAGUCUGGAUUUGCUACAACAACCCAGUGGACUGCUGGCAUCACUGCUGGCCCUGCCAGAGGCAACAUGUGAGGGUGAAAGGGAAGCGGCAACGACAGAGCCCUUGCUGGAGCCCUUUGCCAGCCUCCCUGAAACUCUACAGCCCCUGCUCUUCCCAGCACUUUCCACCUCUCCGGCUGUCCUAGCUUUAAACUCGGCACUGUUGGCAACUAGCCUGGUCCCUUCCGACACUGGGCCAGGCCCCACGCCGUUUAGUGUCUUUGUUGGCUUCAAUGAACAGCCUGUGGCCCAUUCCUUCCUCGUCUUUUUCACCUUGUGUAAAGGAGUCCUAUGCAUACAACUGUACAUGCCUAAAUUCUUCCAAGUGAUUAUAGGUGACUUGUCUGCAUUGAACCCAGCCUCAGGCCCCUCCCUCAUUGGAAACCCCCUGCUCCAAGCCCAGCAGCCACUUCUGCCGCCCAACCUGCAAGGGGCUCUUGGACUCCACCUUUUCCAAGGGCAGCUGCCCCUGCUAACAGGCUCCAAUCCCAUGGCCUGCCUCCUCCAGAGCUUGCAACUGAGCCCUGGUUUUGGUACCCCAGAGAAGCCAGUGCUGCCCAGUGAAGCUCAAGGCCCAGCCUUGUCCACCCUGGCACCUGUGCUGGAGACUGAGCCAAGCCACAGUGCUGUGUUGCCCCCUUGCAUGGACACUGCCUCCCCAAGUGCCUUAGAGCCCCCCAAUGCCCUGGAGCCCCCCAGGCAAGGACAGCAGGAGGACAGCAGCUCUCACUCCCCCUUCAAGCGCCCCCGCCGUGGCACCGAAGAGCUAAAUGGGGACUCUGGCAGCAGCCUCCCCCGGGGGCCAGGCCGAGGUGGCAAAUCUGGACGUCGUGGGGGUGGGCGGGGAAGAGGCAGGCGGCACUUCAAUGGACAAUUACCUGAGCUGGGCACCAGCCACCCAUCCCACCCUGCCUGGCGCUGCAAUGGUGAGAUGGUGGCAAGCAGUACUGAAAGUCAAGCGAGUCCAUUUGCUGUUCAGGAGAUAAAGGGCCCUCCUGGAAGGCGACCAGCCCGGCGUGGUCGGAGGAGGAAAAGCAGUGGGGCCUGGUCCAGUUCUCGACCUGAAGCUACACGGAUCCGGGGUGCCAGUGCUGAUCCAGGACCCAGCCCGGUGGUUGACUAUGCUGUUGCUCGGCGGCCACGUCCUGGCCGACCAGUGAAGAACAGGAGAAGGAAACUACCCACAUAGCACCACCUGAGCUGAGGGGGCCUCCACCACUGUCUGCUUCUAAGCCAACACUGCUUAGGGGACAUCCCAGCCUUCUGUCUCUCCCUGCCCCCAACCACCGAUUUCAUCUGUGGUGCCCAGCCUCUGGGCAUGCCAUGUUGGGGACAAGAGGGGGAGGAAAGUACCAGCACGAGGAUCUGUUGUUGCUGAUGAUGGUGGGCUUCUGGCGCCUUGGCCAUGAAUGUGUUUGUAGCUUCACCAGUUGCCUGGGUCCUGAAUCUCUCCCACAAGGGACCUCUGAAAGCACAAGGUGCAGCUCUGGUCACAGCAUUUUGGGGAAUGGGAGGGAAGAGGCUGAGGGGAUAAAAGGGGAUGCUGUAGCUGGACACCCCAGUAAGCACUUCUCAGAGAUACUUUUUUUUUUUUUGGCAAUGCUCUGAAAGGGAGUUUCUUGUCACAGUGCAUUUUGGGCCUUUCUCAACCCCGGCAUUCCUGUCUUCCCUGCCCCUGGUGACAUUGGCCACCCCACCCUGGUUGGGUCUCAAAACCUCAGCAGGAGUAGCAAGGGCUGUGUGCUCCAGCAAGGGGACACUGCUGCCCUUUCACUUCCCACCUUACCUCAGACCUGUGUGCACUGUGGCACCCGGGUGAGAACCGGCUCAGGGUUUUAAUACAAGAAUCAGUCUUUCUCUUUCUUUCUCUCUCAUUCUAUCUCUUUUUUUGCCUCGCCAAAAACAGAACACACAAUCUCCUGGUCCCAGUACAAAUAAAGCAAUAAGGAAAACAAGCCACAUUUGUUCAGGGAGGAUUCACUCCCACCAACUACCCAGCAGCUCCCUCCCUCCCUCCCUCCCAAAUGCAGGCCCAACAUCUCCAUUGAUACACUGCUGAAACAAGAGAAGAGAAGCAAAUGCAGCCUAGUGGUGACAAAGCCUGGGUGGUAUUUGGGCCUGCGCUCCUUCUUGGCUCUAGUUUGGACCCUGGGGCUGUGAGGACCUUAAGUGGACCUUCCCGUUACAAACCCAUAAAAAACCCCAUAGCCUUGGCUACAUUUGGCCCCUUGUUUUUCUCCCCUUUAAAAGGAAAAAAAAAUCCUCAGAAGACACUCAGGUGAUAACAUGAGGGGGAGAAAGUUGAGGGAGACAAGGAGUUUGUGCUCAAAAUACAAUUGACCCACUUCGCCAGAGCAAGUCCCCUUCAUCUGCUUCCCUCCACUCACCCCCAACACACACACACACUACAAUCUUCAUCUCUGAAUGACCAAAAUACUCCACAUCCAACUCUUCCCUCUCACCCCAACUCCCACCCCUGGUCUGGUUGCAACUUUUAAUGCAUUAUGCAAAAGCACUGUGUAGAUACUGUACAGGUUGCGCUGUGUCCCCCCUCCUUCCCCACCUCCACCCCGGUGCACUUCAACCAACCAACCAACUUCGGCCUUUGUUUUGUAUAAAGAAAAAAGGAAUGGGGAAAAAUACUAUUUUCCUUCUUUGAGCUUAAAUUUUGUUUUGUAAAAAAUAAAUUUACACAAUUGUGAAUUGUAGCUUUUCUAUGGGAGCGACUUUUAAUUUAACAGAUGAAAAUAUUUUGAAGCUUAGAUUGAAGUUACUGUUUCUUUGUUUUAUUUUUGGGGGUGUGUGUUUUGUAUCAAGUAUUAAAAUAUGUAUUUAAAAGAA